AAAAACGGCGGGGACACACUUCUUGAUGGUCGCUGAGUUUCCCGCUUCCUCUAUCCUUCACUCAUGUUCUGUGUCACGAAUAGGGAGCCGAGGGCAACCGCCAGUGGGGGCAAGCGUGGCAAAAAGUCUCGACGCGCCCCUGUUCGACGUAUCGACUCUUCUCCAGAAGAGCCAGAUUCUCAAGAUAGGCGUAGACACAGGCGUCGUUCUUGCUCACACGAAGACGAAGGUAGAGAACACAGGCGAGCUCGAGUGCGAGAGUCUAGUGACAACGAGGACAAAGAGACUGAGGAACGUAAUACGGACAUCUACACCACUGAGUUCUGGAGCUCUAAGGGCCGUUGCCUUGGACGAGUAGCGGUUAUGUAUGACUCCUUUCGAGACAUCAUCGAGGAGGGCUUAACACGGGAUCCCGAUGUGGAUAUUAGUGAGGAGUGCACCGAUGGACAAAACCGACGAUACGCAACAUUCAAGCUUCUGCUCCAGGUAGCGCCUGCUCUCUCUACCUAUCUUACCACCGCAGGGGAACGAGGUUCUUUGGGCCCUGAUCUACUUCAAGAUCUCAGCGCGACACUAAAUGAUGCACGUUCUAGUGCACGCCGAGAAGACGCUCACAGCACAAAGGAAUGCUUCAGCAAGUGGCCGUCCAUUCAUUGGGACGCGGAGGCCUGUCCUAGGGGCCGCCAACACCUUGGUUUCAACAACCAGGUGACUGGUCAGCUGCUAGCUUCCCCGGAUGAUGAUUGGAGUGACGAAAGUGUUCGUGAUGAGUAUCGUACAGGCGAGAGGAUCCUUGGCUCCGAUGAAUUCCCUGCGUUCUUAUGGCCAGAGGGGGGGUAUGAUCCGGAUGAUAUGUCUGUGAACAUGUUUCGUGGUGAUGUGCUUCUGUCGGUAUACACGCACAUCUUCAUUAGCCGCAAGCUAGCUAAAGGCGAAGGGAGGUCUGCAAAAAAAGGUAUCUUGUGCCUCCAUGACGUCUCCUUCGUCACGUUUCCAUCUAUCUGUUAUGCAGCUACAGUGUUGCAUUAUGUGCUAUCAGACAUAGCGUACUUUAGCGCCGGCAAUGAGAGUGACCCGAGAGAUUUUCCUCAUCAGGAUUUCUACGAGAGGCUUUUGGGUGCCGGCGAGGAUAUCCUGGCCACGGAAAUGGAGUCUCUACUACAAUGGUGGAAUCAAAAACUGUUCCCGUCACGCUCGUCAGCUGCCAGACCAGCCAAGGCACGCAGCAUGGCUGCCAGGCUAAAGGAUCAAGCAAGGCUUAAGAGGCGGCGACAGCAGGAGGAGGCACGGAAGCGUGCCAGCGAGCAGCACAAUGACGACUAG